AUGAAACCUAAAGUGGACCGAUCCAGUCCCAAGUCCACUGGCGCCGGAUCACGAGUGAGUGUGAAAGUUGCCAGGUCCAUUUGUUGUACUCGUGAUGUUCAUUGUGUGAUCAUUAGCUAAAUGGACAUGAAACUAGAGGAGCUUUUCUUUUUGCACCAAAGCGCUUGGAAUGAGACGGAGCCGUACAAAAAGAGUCCAACAAGUUUGAGCGAGUUUUUUGCCAGUUCUGUCCGCAGUUUCAUUCCCUUCAUUUCUGGUUCAAAUCCCUCUUGGUGCUGGCUCUUGAUGUCUAACAGUAGGACAGUACUGUUUUUUGAUUUUGCAUCUCAGAUAUGAAUGUAUCCUUUUUUUUCUUGUCUCAUUGUAAAACCUAAUGAGGCGCUGCUCGAUCCUGCUUCUUUAAGUUUUCUUCCUCCAUGUGGUUCAAUUCGGUGUCCGUGGAAAGUUGCCGCCGCGAACAUUUCAGAUAAAGUUGUGUGGGUUUGAUACAAUGCUGGCCUUCAAAGCCAGACUGAAAAUGGUAACUCAGAUUUAAGAGCCAAAACAAGGAGUAGAUUAACCAACUUUUUUUUUGGCAUCAUCUCGGGUGUUUUUUUUAGCUAUAUUUCAUAAGAGGAAGUGCUGUUGUACUCGUGUCAGCAUGCCUGUGCUUGAGAUAAAGCCACAAGACUUCAAACUCAGAGCCAAAACGUUUAUAGCUGUUCUUUCAACAUCCUGUCUACAACUGUGCUAUUGUAUCAACUACUACAGGUGUGAUAUAUCAGCUAACAUUGAUGAAUGUGUUAGUCAACUAAAGUUAGGGAGGAAAGUUUGCCAUUUUUCAAAUUAGCUGGAGACUGAAAUAAAUAAUGGUGCUUUUUUACGACCUAAAAACACAAAUAAUACCAUAAUAAACAAGAGUGACUGUUUCUAAUUUUUAAAAGUGCAGUUAAGUGAAAAGUCACUGCUGCUAUGAGAGUCACAAAUGAUUGACUUUGACUUUCCCAAGGGUUUUGAGACACAGCAUACUACUUAAAUGCCUCAAAGCCAUUAGGUUUUCUGAUCAUUUAUUUAGGUGGUUUGCCAACGUCCCUCUGGAAGAACCCGAGCUAUUAAAGGGAUAUUCCGGCAUAGUCACGCGCUCAACCAAAACGCCACUCUAUAGCCACAAAUAAUGCUCAGAACAGCACCUAACUUCAUCAACAGGACAUAUAGGGUCCCAGCCAUAGUACUAGCCACCAAACAUCUUUUUAACUUUGUCUAAUUUCUUUAGCAAAGAGACAAAACACAACUCACCCACUCUCUUCCAGCAGUCGCUUGUUAGUAGCGAGACCUUGGGCCAGUCCCUUACAGACUGCUGUGGGGUGACGCAGCUCAAGGAAGAACAUUUAUGAUUAUUCCUCACAGAAAUGCAAUCAGACCGAGACGCUAAGGCAGAAGAACUACCGCGUCUGCAGUGUAAAAUUAUUAAUAUGAUGUUUAUUACUUUAAGGAAAUGAUUAAGUAAUGAUCAUAAAUGUUCUUCCUUGAGCUGCGUCACCCCGCAGCAGUCUGUAAUGGACUGGCCCGAGGUCUCGCUACAAACAAGCAGCUGCUGGAAGAGAGUAUUUACUUUAUUUUACACUGAAAUAUCCCUUUAAAUGCUUCAAAGCUAUUCGCUUUUCUGAACAUUUAUUUAGGUGGAUUGCCAACUUCCCCUCAGGAAAAACCCAAGGCUAUUAAUUUAGAAGGUACUACCUUAGAGGUGCUACAAAUCCAUUGGGUAGUACCACAAUGUUCAUUCCUCGGCCCUCUGUUAUUCACGAUUGAGAUAAAUUGUCUUGGACAGAAUCAGCUUCUAUGCUGACGACACCGUUAUUCACUCUGUUCACCUAUGCAUGCUUCAGCUGUCCUAUAUCUUCAGCAUCCAUCUGAUCAAGUACAAAGUCAGCGUAUAAAAGUCACUACAGACAAUAUACGCAGAGGCUGGUCAGUCCACAGGGGGCGCCAAAUUUGAAACAAACCAAAAAAUCCUCACAUGUACUUUAAGUUAACUACUUUGUUGAAGUUAGGUAAAAGUAACAAGAGUCUGUAUAUGUGAGCUGAAAGUGUGUUCUUUUGUAAGAGAAUAUUCAGUGCUGCUUUAUCUCAAGAAGUCAAGUAAACAGAGGUCACUUUGCACAUAUGGGCAACAGGCAGAUGCUUUUGUUUUCUUGGCAAGGAGUCUCCAACCUACAGAUAUCACUUGGCUGGGAAUUAAGAAGCAGUUCUGCAACUUUCUUCCUUCACAGAUUCUUUUUUUUUUUCUUUAAUUAAACUUUUUCAAGAACAGUUCUAACAAGUAUAAAUUUACAAUAUUCAUUUUUUAAUUAUUGAGGUUGUUAUUGCAUUGAAAAAAGGAGCGAAUGGGUUUUUUACACAAGUUCGAAGAUAAAAGAUUAAAAUUAUAUCUGCACAAAUAAUUAAAAAUCCUCCCUCGCAUUUACUUGCUUCUUUUUGAUAUUCAACAAAAGAACCACUCUCCUAUUAAAAUCAGUAAUCAAGGGUGUUUGUUUAAGUGCUCUUUAAAUACAUUUGUACACACUUAUAAAGCAGAAAUGUCAUCUGUAAAACCAAAGCUUAUUGAGCUACUUCUGUCAGCUCAAGUGUUACAGAUAAAACUCACCCAACUCGAAGUCAAGUGUCUCAUGAGGUGAAAAUAACACCCCAAAUAUGAAAAUGUCAUUGUGGCUUCUUUUCACAGCAGACAGGUCUAUCCUUUCCCCUGAAGACGGGGUGUUUUAACACUCAAUAUAUUCUGAAAAUCCUGGAGAUAACCUGUCUUCUUUGUUAAAGUUUAAAAUGUGCUGACAAUAUACUGUCUGUGGGAAAUUAUAAAGUAGACAGAUGACAUCAAUUUUUAAAAAUCUGUUAGAAUUCUCCAUAAAUGUGAGUCUGCAGAGGCUAUUCGCUUCUAAAAAAGCAGUAAAAUCCUCUGAAUGUGAUUACCUUUUGACUUCAAGUAGAUUUUUUAAAUGCUAAAAGAAAUUUUGAAGAGUUCGGCAUUGACGGUUUUUUAGACUACUUGUAUUCCCACUUUAAGUGUGUCAGUUUGUGAAGUGUAAAGUUACUUUGUUCGAUAAAUAAAAGGCUGCAUUGUGUAGAAGCCUGUAUUAUCAAACUCCUUUCUUUAUUGUCGCAACACAAUAGCAAAUAUUCAACAUCUAAGGUCAAAUUUCACAAUGUUCGGCAUAUUUUCUGAAAUGGUUUUUGGUUCCUCUAGAGUGCCUAGCCAGAAUAUUUUCAAUACUCUUAAAAUACCCAAGCGAGGAACGCAUUUUUAUAUUUAUUUCAAAAAAUGCUUUUGUACAGAUGAAAUGAAGUAAGCCCAAAAAUCAAAAGGUGUUCAACUUAAAAUGAUUAAAAUUUCACAAUUAUUUUUGCCUUUAAAAGCUUUUAUGAUUAUAUUAACAAUGAAAGGUCAUUCUAAAAUAUGAGUCAAGAGUGUCCAACAAAUAUGAUGGAGCUGUUUCCAUUUGUUUAUGAUAUGUUCCUGUAGAGACAGUGGACAAGCAGACUGGUAUUAAUCUGAUUAGCUGCUUCUCGUGGACAAAAGAGGGCGUGGUCUAAGAUGUUGUUCGAUACGGUAUAAUACUGUUGUGUUUUACAGUAAUCAAUAAUACUAUGUCUAAUAAUUAUGCAUCAGAUUUUACAGUGCUUUUUGUCAGUGACCUCAAAGCGCUUUACAUUGGAUACAUCAUUCAUUUGCUCACGUUCACGCCCUGGUGGUGGUAAACUUCCUAGGUAGUCACAGCCGCCCUGGGACAGACUGACAGAAACAUGGCUGCCAGUUUGCUCCUCUCUGACCACCACCACACAACACUCACAACCAUACAUCAUUCAUCAAGUAGAGGACACACAUUGGGAGCAAGGUGGGUUAAGCGUCUAGCCCAAGGACACAACAGACAGACUAAGGAUAGGGUGGGAUUCGAACCACCAACCUUCUGGUUAUUGGCUGACCUCGCUAGAACAGUUCAUAUUUUUAAAUGCAAACUCAAGACCUUCCUUUUUAGUCUGUUUUUUUAGCUGAUUUUUGUUUUAUUCUUCUAGCCUCUCUUUUAGUCUACUCUUUUUAUCUUAUGUAUUUUUCUCCACUUUAGUCCCAGAAUUAUUAUUUUAUGUUUUAACACUAUUUGUUUAUUUUCUUUUAUUUUUUUAUUUAAAAACUGUUUUAUUAUAUGGUAUUUUAUUAUUAUUACAAUUUUAUUUCAUUCUAUUGGUUUUAUCAGUUUAGCUUCAGCUACAGUGUUUCCCCAUUUUAGUUUAAGAUAGCGUUUCCUUGGUCCUCUGGGGCUUCCUGCUGAGCCCUGACUUGGUGUCCCAAUGUACAGUCCAUGUAUAAAAAGUGCUCUAUAAAUAAAGUGAUUGAUUGAUAGUAUCAGCCUGUAUACAGACCAACUGUAAAAUCCACUCGCUUUGUGAGAACAGCAUUUUUUCCCGUUUCUACCACAUCCAGGGGCUUAAGAUUAGAGUGUUUUUAGAGAAGGCCCGUAAUCUCUAAAUCGAGAAUAAUCUGUGAUGAAUUUAACGUUUAUUUUAGUUCAAUUGUGCUAGACAGAGGCUGCCUGUAGCAUUGUCUGUUUGGAAUUGCUAAUCUGAGGGUGUGAAGCCAGGCCUCACAAUUUGAUUUGAGUUGAUGAAUCUGUACAGACCUCCUUUUUUCCACAAAGGUUACCCAAAGAAUUGAUAACAGUAUUGGUAAAAAACUGGCUCCAGAAAUGAAAUCAAUAAUGGCAUUGGUAUCUAUCAAAUCUCGUAAUUUUCCAUCCUUGUGUAGAUGAUGGCUCACGCUGAAAGUCCUCAAAUGAAACUUUAAUUCCAUUUGGCACAAAUGCUGUUGCUCCAAAUCCGCAGAGAUGUCACAAAUUAUAAAAGACAAGUUUUACAUUUUUUGAUGUUUUUGAUAAAUUCAAUCUUCAGCUAAGUUGCAGAAUCAAACUAUUUCUUUGGCAAUUUGGUCGAAAUGGGAAGAUUCACCAACUGGGGAGAAAAAAUACACUUGG